AUGGCGUCCCAACGUGUGAGUGUGAUCCCGCUCGUGCCAGGCGUGCAGUCGUACGAAUGGGGCGUACCAGGACGUCGUUCAGAUUGUUUAGUAGCGCACUAUGCAAGUGCGACCAAGGAGCUGCACUUUGACAGGAAAGACGACCAACCGUAUGCCGAGCUGUGGAUGGGUACGCACCCUACGCUGCCGUCGUACGCACUGUUGCCCGAUGGCUCGAAAGUCUUGCUGCAUGACUACCUGUGCGAGCACAAGGCCUUGGUCGGCGACGAGGUCGUUGCUCGCUUUGGGCUGGACGAGGGACGUGGCGCGCUGCCUUUCCUGUUCAAAGUGCUCAGCAUUAACAAGGCCCUCUCGAUUCAAGCGCAUCCCGACAAGGCGCUAGCCGAGAAACUGCAUAAGGAAAAGCCGGCUAUGUACAAGGACGACAACCACAAGCCGGAAAUGGCGCUGGCCUUGAGCGACUUUGAAGGCUUCUGUGGUUUUAGGCCCUGGGCAGAGAUGGCCCACUUCGUGGCUACGGUCCCAGAGCUCCGAUCCGUGUUGGAAGCGGAUGCAGCGUGGGACGCGGUGCAGGCGACUUCGUCGUCAGCGCUUCAUGACGUAUUUGGCAUCCUCAUGCGUGCGUCGCCAACCGUGUACGAGCCUGCCGUGGACGCGAUCGCAACGCGCUACCGCCAGCGCACAGGCCCCGUGGAAGUCACAGACGAGGUCGCGGACCUCGUAGUGCGCCUCCAUGAACAGUACCCACGCGACAUUGGCGUAUUCUGCACCUUCUUCCUGAAUAUCGUGCACUUGGAACGUGGCCAGGCCAUGUUCCUCGGCGCCAAUGAGCCGCAUGCGUACUUGGCUGGCCACAUUCUCGAAUGCAUGGCCGCGUCGGACAAUGUCGUCCGUGCCGGUCUCACACCGAAAGCACGCGAUGUGGAUGUCCUGCUGUCUAUGCUGACCUAUAAGAGCGCUAGUGCGGACGAGCAGCGUCUUCGCUCGCCCGUCUGGGACGGCGAUGCCCAAGGCCAUACACUGUUGUACGACCCACCGAUCCCGGAAUUCACGUUGCUCUUCACAGCGCUGCGUGACUCGCAACGCAGUGAGCACCGCGCCGUGCAUGGCCCAUCGAUCGUGCUGGUGACCAAGGGGCAGGGUGAGCUGCUCGUGGGCGAGACGUCGAUCCCUCUGGACGAGGGCCGCGUGUACUUCAUCGGCGCUCACACCCCUGUGACGUGGACGACGCAGGGCACGCUGGACGUCGCGCGUGCGUUUGUCGAAGUGGCAUAG